AUGAAGAAGAGUGGGGAGAAGAAGAAGUUGGACGAGCCAUACAAUGUGUCUCAGUGCGUACGUGUGGGUCCCGGUACGAAGAACAGACUAUGGUAA